AUUAACGCGCAUCGCGGCCGCAUCGGGGUGUCGCUCCGCUCCUGUCUCACCUGGCCUCCCAUCUCGCCGUCGCUGCCGGCCAAGCCGUCGUCGCCCCCGCCGGCCAUCGCUCCUCAGGUCAAGAGCAUACCGGGUACCUUCACGUCAAAAAUCACUUAUUUGAACUCAUUCACAUGCCCUCUAAUUGAAGAAGUACAUGCUGAUGUAUUUUCAGCAUUGGAUGAAUAUGCUCAAUCGAACUUUAUAAAAACAAUCUGGGUGGAGAAGCUUGAUGAUGAGAAAUCAAUAUUCUGUUUUGAGGUUGCGGAGCCAGCAAAGGAUCCUAAGUCAAGGGAGACAUACGAUCCCAAAGGAGGGGACAUAAUAGUUGUUUCCUUGCGGAAACCGCAGCAUGUAUCUGAUUUGAUACAAAAUAAGGCAUCUUAUGUUUUAGGUUCAGUUCUAAAAUGUGGAGACAAAGAUGGAGAUUUCCCACCCAAUUGUUGCAUUGUUCGGUUUUCAGCUGCUAUUCCAAUUGAAGUAGAUCCAGAAACAAAAUUGCCUGUGGCGCCAUCAUUUGCUGUGUUUCUCAUAAAUAUGAAGACAUACAUUCGGAUCUGGAAGGUGCCUUCGUAUGGAAGUAGAAAACCAGAACAGAAGCAGUAGUACUGGCAUCGUUGAUCUGGUGUGGCAAUACAAGCGAAGGGUAUGCCAGAUGUUUACAUUUAAAAUUAAGUUUAGGUCCUUUUUGAUAGCUUACUAUGCCUGGCAUCAACAUAUAUAUGUGUGUGUUAUAAAGGUCAUACUUAAAAGUUAGUACUUAGUAUAAGGACAGGCACACGCUCUUGCUGUCUUAUUAUGCUUUGGCAACCUAUGGCUCUCCACAUGAGAUUUCUUCUAUGUUAAUAUUACUUCUGCUAA